AUGGCGAGCCCGACCAUCCCCCCCGUGACUCUUCUCCCGGCUCUCCCCCUCAUCUCAAGGGUCUCUCCGGAGCGCAUCGGAAGUGGACUUGCCUUCGCAGCUGCAGUUCCGAAGAUGGAGCUGAAGGAAGGAAGCGUGGAACCUCCGGGCUGGAAGGCUCUCCGUGGAGGAGGCCAGACGGUGCUCUCCAGCCUCCCCCUUCAGAUGCUGCUCUAUUUCAACGUCAUCUUCCUCCCCUUCUGGUGUCUGUCGGAGGCCGUUAUGCUGGAGCUGAAGUUUAGCUUGCUGUCCCUUUGCUACCAAUGCUUGCUGGUUGCUGCGUAUGUGACAAUUGUCGGAGCAGAAUCUGCCCGCCUCCUCCUUGGAUACAUUGGGAAUCUGCAAGAAAAGGUUCCAGAGCUGGCUGGAUUCCUCCUCCUGUCUUUUGUCAUUGAGAUGCCCGUCUUGCUGUUCAUCCUGACGGACCAUCAGGUGAUCCAGAUGCCUCUGGAAAUGGCGGUGCAUGGUGUCCUCCUCUGCUUCCUCACCUCGGAGAUCAUGGCCGCUUCCUUUGCCCUCAAAGAAAUGGCCAUGUACCUGGCCAGGCAGUUCUACCUGAUGCAGUUUGAAGGGCUCCCGGGCAGAGUUAGGCACCAGGAGUUCUGUGUGGAGGAACCAUCAACAUGCCCCAGUUACAGGCUUUUCAUCGGGGCAAGCCCAGCAUUUGGGGUUCUCCCAACUUCCCAUGUCUCCAAAUGCACCGAGGGUAGUUCCUGGAUCUUGAGGUUUCUCAAAAGCUCACUUUAA